GGCAAGAUCGCACCCGCUUAUUUAGCAGCCACCCACCGACCUUUGCCUCUUCUCUCGCACUCCUGCGCACCUUAACCUCACUCAUCACCAUCCAAACCCGCUACCUAACCUCCAACCCUCCCAAUUUCAUCCUCCCCCUCCCUAUCUCACAGCUUCUAAUCAGCCAACAUGGAAGAGGAAGUCGCAGCCCUCGUCAUCGACAAUGGUUCGGGUAUGUGCAAGGCCGGUUUCGCCGGUGACGAUGCGCCCCGAGCUGUUUUCCCUUCCAUUGUCGGUCGUCCCCGUCAUCAUGGUAUCAUGAUUGGUAUGGGUCAGAAGGACUCCUAUGUUGGUGACGAGGCACAGUCGAAGCGUGGUAUCCUCACUCUCCGAUACCCCAUUGAGCACGGUGUUGUCACAAACUGGGACGACAUGGAGAAGAUCUGGCAUCACACCUUCUACAACGAGUUGCGUGUGGCCCCCGAGGAGCACCCCGUCUUGCUCACCGAGGCUCCCAUCAACCCCAAGUCCAACCGUGAGAAGAUGACCCAGAUCGUCUUCGAGACCUUCAACGCUCCCGCUUUCUACGUCUCCAUCCAGGCCGUGCUUUCCCUGUACGCCUCCGGUCGUACCACCGGUAUCGUCCUCGACUCCGGUGACGGUGUCACCCACGUUGUCCCCAUCUACGAGGGUUUCGCUCUUCCCCACGCCAUCUCCCGUGUCGACAUGGCUGGUCGUGAUUUGACCGACUACCUCAUGAAGAUCCUUGCCGAGCGCGGUUACACUUUCUCCACCACUGCCGAGCGUGAAAUCGUCCGUGACAUCAAGGAGAAGCUCUGCUACGUCGCUUUGGACUUCGAGCAGGAGAUCCAGACCGCCAGCCAGAGCUCCAGCUUGGAGAAGUCCUACGAGCUUCCUGACGGCCAGGUCAUCACCAUCGGUAACGAGCGUUUCCGUGCCCCCGAGGCCCUCUUCCAGCCCUCCGUCUUGGGUCUUGAGAGCGGUGGCAUCCACGUCACCACCUUCAACUCCAUCAUGAAGUGCGAUGUCGACGUCAGGAAGGAUCUCUACGGCAACAUCGUCAUGUCUGGUGGUACCACCAUGUACCCCGGUAUCUCCGACCGUAUGCAGAAGGAAAUCACCGCCCUUGCACCCUCCUCCAUGAAGGUCAAGAUCAUUGCUCCUCCCGAGCGCAAGUACUCCGUCUGGAUCGGUGGUUCCAUUUUGGCCUCCCUCUCCACCUUCCAGCAGAUGUGGAUCUCCAAGCAGGAGUACGACGAGAGCGGUCCUUCCAUCGUCCACCGCAAGUGCUUCUAAGCGUAUCUUUGCGAGUGACGACGGACGGCGCCCUGACAAGCCUAGUAGCGGAGGCAUCCUUUUGUUGGCGCUCUGUUAUGCCCGGAUUUUUCAAAUGGUGAUUGUUCACAAAAUGGCGAAGCGUACCAGAGCUUGGGUGGUUCAAAUGAGGUGCUUGGACUCAUUCGUCAAUGUGUGUUAGGAUCCUAAAGAUUGUAGCCUAGAACCUGGACACUUUAUCCUCUACAUUUGUUUGUUCUACCUGACUGCCGCAUGCUUUGUUUUGCCUUGCCUUACGUGUACGU